UACAAUGUAUUCCAUACGGAAUACAUAUACUAAAAUUGGAACGAUACAGAGAAGAUUAGCAUGGCCCCUGCGCAAGGAUGACACGCAAAAUCGUGAAGCGUUCCACAUUUUUUUGAUUUUUUUACAACCGAUUUUCACCCAACAUGCAAGUCAGAUCCAACACAGUAACAUACAACAUGAAUGCGGACAAUCAAAGCGUACAGAAAACAGUCUGACGAGGUGGCGAAGAAUGUAUUAAGAAUAGUCAUAGGACAGGAGUAAAAAAGAGGUGAUAGAAGAGAUAAAGGCGAGGCUAAACAACAACCCUUAUAAAGUGAGACAAAAACCAGUAAAAACAAAAAUCGCGAAAAUGGUCAAAAGGCGGGAAAAGAACAAAAGGGGGAUGUCGACGUCUGCCAUUGCAUUUUUCUUUCUGCAGUCAUCCAAACAGCCACGUGUGAGUGCUCAGUCAGGGAUUGCGCGCCCAUUGCUGUAGACCUGUAGUUCUUCUCAUAUAGAGGAGUAUGUGUGACGAUGAGUGCGUCCAUCGCAAAAUGUUUUCUGGUGCUGUGCAAUAUAAUGGAAGUUUUGACUGCAGCUUUACAUGUGAGCUAUUGACAGUAGAAAGUUUUCUUGUUCGUCAUUAAAUUAAUUAAUUUAAUAGAACAAUCUGUGACUGCAUGACAAAGUGGGUGGUUUGGACAAUGCAUAUGGGAAAUAAGGUGAAAUAUGAUGGUACUGUCUUGGGAGACAAUCAAAUGGCAUAAUAGCUUUGUGUCCAACCAACAUUGCUUAUCUAUCACUAGCUUUGAUAACUGACCCAUGGAAUCCACCCUGUUUUUAUAAGCUGAUUCAUAUCAGUUAUAGAUAGCUGUUUUGUUUUGUUCGUUUGGUAAGCUUGAAACAUUUAAUGGUUUUCCUAGACGCUUGGUGGUUAGAUUUGUCGUACACUAUACUAACGGAAAAAGGUUUUCAAGCGUGUUCCGCAUAUUCUCUGACUCAACAUCGAAUAGAGAAAUGUAAGUCUUUCUUAACUAAGUUAUAACUAGCACAAAUAGCAAAAGUGUGGUGAACUUGAUUCACAACUAUGGCUGUGGUGUACCAGUUUUCCCUCAUGGACCGUUUUGAUUGCAUCAGGCAUGUUCCGUCCAAGAAUAUUUGUCAUGAAACUUGUUGUUUGCGUUAAAGCCUCGCAGACGAGAUAACAAACCUUUUUAGCCCAGAAGCCAAUCCAUUUUAGUUCAAUGUCAUUUCAGCAAGAUAGCAGACGCAGCCGAGUAAGGAGAGGCUGUUGCAUGCCCAGCAGCUGGAACAGCAUUUUCAAACAGAACAAUUUGUGCAUUAAAGAGUUGAACAGCAACGCCUUGAGUUUCCUACACUCUUUUGCGUGGAUGAUACCUUUUUCGAUUAUGAUUAAGUGAAAAUUAGUUUAAAAAUAUUUGUUUAACGUUUUUAAUCCAUCAUACAGUGUAUACUGCGACAUAGUGGAGCGCUGUGAUAGUGUUUCCUCCGUAUUCAGAUGGACGGUGGAAAAUUUCAAUGACGCAAGCGGAUAUAUGACCUUUCCGUUGAAAAAGAGAUACCAUCUCAUUGGCGCUCGCUAACGUUGGUGUUUACUAAGUCUGUGAAAGACUGAAAGACAUAAAGCAGAUGGCGAAUGAAGGCCGUCUGGCAAUAGCUUUGCUGUGAAUAGCUGACCCACAUCGAAUGUAUUCCAUUUUCGUUAGCUGAUCGAGGUGCAGGAACAGCGUUGUCUAUCUGAAUGUUGAGUUAUUCUAGCCAUUAAUUAGGCAUUUGUCGGCCACACACCAAUCAAGCAGUCCAUGUGCCAGUGAAAGUAUCGUACCCGUCGGUUAUAAUCACACACGCCAAACAACUACACACUGUGAUAAAAAUGGAUGGUGAGGAAAGGAGCCGUGGCUCUUUAAACGCUGUGCCCGCCACAUCAUCCCGUCGGUACGAACCAUCAGAAGAUAUUUUUCCAGAGAUGCUCAGCUGGAUUCAGGAUGCAAAUACUGACCAGAAACUGGCUGAGAAUGCAGUCAGUCAUAUCAGUUCAAAGUUGGAACGGGCACUUAAUCCUUUAGAGACGACGGGCGUCGAAUCGCAAUACGUCAAGGCCGUCUUGACAACGUGGGCAGAGGCCAGUUUAAAAAGCGCAUUUAAUUACUUGGAGGAUGAAAGAACUGACCUUUGCAAAGAAAUGCCUAACAUCUUAGACGAACUGGAUUCCGUCAAUUCCGUCGAAGAUAUCGACGCCAAACUAAAUAAAGAAACAUCACAGCUUUGGACCUGGUUUGACGGAGGCCGCCUUUAUAUUCAACUGAUACUCGAACAGGAAAACUUGUUCAAAAAUACGCCCCGAUUCGCCAUUCUUUUAAACCACUAUUUUAAUAAUGUGAAGAGAUGCUUCAUCAAUAAGGCCUUUGCCCGUUGCAAGGAUGACAUCAUCAACGACGGACUGAAUGGUUCAUCACUGAAAGAAUUCAUUUCAGCACUAACUGAUUUUUUGACCAACGCCAAUGAAGACAAAGAUUUACAAGAUGUUGUGAAGAAUCAUAUGCGUGAAAGCAAUGUAACAACAAGAAGUCGAAAGACAGAUGGGCAGGUCAUCAAAGACGGUCUGAAGGGUCUGUUGACGGAAGAAAACAUCUCGGAUGAAUUCGAUGAAAUGUUUAAAGAUUUUUUACAAGACGAAAGCAAUAUAGCGACGGGUAGCCAAGAAACAGACGGGCAAAAAUGCAAUGGAAUGAAAGAAUGGGUCAAAAAGCUUAUAGAAAUUGUGAGAAACGCGCUGCCUUCAAGUGACAGCAAAGAAAGUUUAAUCCCUGAAUGGCUACUGGGAUUUGAAUCAGCGUCAUCAGAAAUAAAAGAGUGGACCACAAAACUAGAAUUACUGAUCAGAGAGACAUGCGCGAAACUCAUGCUGCCUGAAACCGUAAUCGAAGUGAAACAACAGUAUGGAAGACAAGUCAUGUUCAUCAGUGGCGUUGCCGUUUUUGUUAGCAAAGAAUUGGAGAAAAUGAAAUCAAAAAAGAGAGACGUGGGAGAAAUACAAAUUGUCGGACAAACGUCCGUUCACAUCGACUGUGACUUGGAAAAUGAAAUUUGGCACGGCUUCAACGUGGGCAUCGUUACCGACAAACUUGUCGUUUGGGCAGAUGAUAAGGGCGAGAAUCGAAUAUGGGACGUAUCUGGAAGAUGUCCACGUUUCAAAUCAAGAAGAGAUUGGCAAGAUGCUGGCGAAAGUGGGGGUAAUGUUCAUAUUAAAUGCAAUGAAAUAAUCGGAGCUGACCGAUGGACGAUCGCAUCCAAUGGAGGAGACGGGGUUUCUGCUCUCAAGUGGUCUGAGAAAGAAUUUAAAAGAGUUUUCAGUCCCAUAUUGCCACCGGAUACGGAUAUGAAAAAGAUAGAGGAGACGAGCAACAAGUUUCCGGCCGAUCGGAAAUAAAUGAUCUCUAUACAAAACUGGAGACAAAUAUGAGGAAAGAGUUCGGCAGUGAGGUGUCAAUCGAUUUUUCUACAAGGUCCACGAGGUUAAACGACGGCAGCAAAAUAACGUAUUCACUGUAUAAAAAUAAGAAGAAGAAACGACACACACUCAUUUUAUGCAAAGGAGCGGGUGUCGGACAAGGUGGCUACGGCGGAGACAUCAUCUUGGAAUUGUCGAAUAAAGAGCGUGGCGUCCCUCCCACUGGCAUGGAAAUGUACCAAGCAUUGGACUCGACAGGGGUUGUCUACAAGGCCACUGGUUCAGACGGCAAAAUGGAGCAAGCCAAUGGCGAUGUUGGUUUUAUUCACAAUGAAGAGAAAACCUCAAAAGGAAGUUACGUUGGAUUUGAAAUCGGCCAAAGUCUAAGAAUUCAAUGCCACAAGAAAGAAGAGUUUAAAAAAGAUGAGGUUGCUUCGUAUGUUAGGUUUGAUGCUGGUAUUGUUUUAGGAGAUCGAUUUUAUGCAACAAUAGUCGAUGUACCAGAUGCUGUGCAGCAAGAAGAACAGGAUUCUCUUUCACCGAUGGUAGCGAAGAAGAAAAAUGCCGUAAUUCGUCAGAGCCUCGUCGUUCAGUUGACAAAUAUAAAUGAGAGGAAGCAAAUAUUGGAAUCGCUCCGCAAAACGUUGAUGUCUGAUCUGUUGGAAGAAAAUCAGUCGCAAAAUGUCGACCAAUUGAUUGAAGAAAUUCGAAAUAAUGCGAUCCAAUUCGGUGAGCAAGUGGACCAGCAAUUGAAUCAAGAGAAGGUGGCACAUACCAAACCAGCACCUGUCGUCAGAAGCCGUGCAGCCCACGAAACAAAAGGUGAAGGGCCGAUCAACCUCCAGCUGGAGGAAGACGAAGAGAAAGGGCGGAGCAACCUCAAGCAUUAUGAUAAGCUAGAGGGUCACGAAAAGGAAGUGAAAAAGCUUUUCAAUCGGAUUGAAGAUAAAAGGAAGUCAGCGCUGAAAGCUAAUACAAAAAAAUGGACAGCAGAACGUAAAUUGAGAAAUUUAGAACCAAUAAAUGUCGCAUCGCUAGCCGAAUAUUUCUAUGACUUCGAGUGCGUAUUACAGCACCUUCGUAAUGACAACACCUUCCAACUUCGUAACUACCAGAUUGAGGCAAUACUACAACUGAUCAUCGCCACCAGGGAAGAAAGCGAGAGAAGAUUAGCUGAAAUAUCGACUGGCGCAGGCAAGUCGCUGAUUGUGGCAGCAUCAGCAAUUGCUCUUACGCGUGGCCGUGGCUUCUUUGCCGUGCACGUGAUAACCAGUAACGACUUGUUAGCAAUCCGUGACUCUAAUCUUUCAGUCGCAGAAGGAGGAUUGAAAGAUCUCUACGAAUAUUUCGGGGUGUCGGUGGCAAACAACUGCAGUCAAUCUGAAGACGAUCGCAAAGUAAGUUACACUGCGACUGCGAGAGUUGUUUACGGACAAUUGGCUAAUUUCCAGCGUGAUUUUUUACUGGACAAUUUCUACGGUCGUAACAUUCGUGGUAGUCCACACAUGACAACCAAAGUUGUCAUUAUUGACGAAGUGGAUUGCAUGUUGCUGGACCAAGGCAACAACACGCUUUACUUAUCACACGGCAUUCCCGGUAUGGAAUCUUUAGAAUCUUUGUACGUUUUCAUUUGGGAUGAAAUAUGCAACUCUCCCAUUAAUAAGACCAUCCCGGACUAUCGAGAACAAGUGAAGAAAUCCAUCAAAUCUAACGUGUUAUUUGACCUAUACGGCGUCAUAACUAAAGACGAUUUGAAAUGUUUUGUUCACGUGCCAUUAAACGAUUUGGAAAAAGAUGCGCUGUGGGAUCAUUUAAUCAAGAAUAAAGUGAUUGACCAAAAUGGACGUCUACUAAUCGAUGAUGCCAACCAAAUGACAGAAGAAAAGAUCAACUAUACACCUAAGAAUGCGGCCAAAGAAACAAAUCUUAAUGCAAAAUUGGUUUUCUAUUUACGCAAAGUUGCUAAUCGCCAACGUCAAAUUCGAAUACCUGCCCAUCUACUCGACUUUGUUGACCGGCACUUGGACACUUGGCUGGAAAGCGCUUUUCAGGCCCUGGAUCUACGGCCCGACGAGGACUACGUCAUUGAUCAAGAUCGAACAGACACCAGUCCUGAUCUCAAUCCGCAAGUGAUUAUUAUUGAUCCCGAUACUGGAACGGAUCAAAAUUUGUCUCAAUGGGACGAAGCCUUGCACCAGUUCGUUCAGCUGAAGGAAGGAUGUAAAUUGACGCUGCAAACUCUCAAAGCUGUUUUCAUUUCAAAUGCCACGUACAUCAAUCAAUAUCCUUACAUUUAUGGUCUUUCGGGAACGCUGGGAUCCGAACAAGAAAAACAUUUUUUACAGGAUACGUUCAAGUCCACUUUCUACUACAAUCAUACGCACAUACCUAGACUUUUUGAACAAAAACUAGCCAAAGUCCUGUCGACCGAAAAUGAAUGGCUAGAUGCCAUCAUCAUUGAAACCGAAACUAUAAUGAAGGAAGGACGUUCAAUCAUCAUUUUUUGCAUGUCCAUCAAAAAUGUCAAUCUCGUCCAUCAACGUUUAAUGAAUUCCUUUCCUGAUCUGGUAAAAAAAAAUCACCUUCAUCGCUACACGCGCGAUUAUGUGAAAUUUGCAUUCGAAAGAACAGAGCUGGACAUUGAGCAUGUUAUCGUUGCCACCAACUUGGCUGGACGAGGAACGGACAUAAAAAUCAGCCAAAAACUACGUGACAAUGGAGGAUUGCAUGUGUGUCUCAGUUAUUUCCCCGAGACUAAACGAAUAGAGGAACAAGCGAUGGGCCGUGCAGCUCGCAAUGGAGCACCUGGAAGUGGAAUCCUCAUUGCAUGCAAACCAAGUUCGUCCGAACGUUUGGCGCCUGACGAAAGGGAACCGAUAGAAAUAAUGAAAAAUGAGCGUGAAAUUCGAGAGAAACAACGCAUCGCUCGGAUGAAGGAAGAUUUUAAGUUUAUGAAAGAUCAGAUGGAAUUAAUUGAUCCGUUUUCAAAAUAUUAUACCAACCUCAAAGAACAACGGCGGAAGAAAAAGGACGGUGAUCAGAUAGUGAGUGCCAUCUGUGGAAGCGUGUUGGAUCAAUGGGCUUUGUGGCUGGACAAAAUGAACGAUUCCUCAUUAGAUGUGAAAAAAUAUUCAUAUUCAGAAAAAUUCAUCCCAAAAUUGAAAGCCGUCGAGCAAGACAAUUUGGAUAUCAGCCAAGUCGAGUGGAUGACACCAGCCCGCUUAGUUGUUGUUGCCAGACAUUUGGCUACGCGUCAUAAAAAGCCGGACCUCCCAAAGGCAGUCGAAAUUUUGGAAGAACUCAUCCAAUCGAAAGAUCGUCAUUUUUAUCCUGCCGCUUUCUACUAUCGCGCAUUCAUUCUCCUAAAGGAAAACUACGAAACCAACAAAAAUGAAUUCAUUAAACUAUUGCGUACGUGUGAAAACGUGUUGAGCGAGCACAUCAACUUGCAUUUUUCCAUCGUCCAAAAAAUGGGCAGAAAAACUAAUCAGCCGCCUUUGUUUUGUGUAGUCGACGGCUACACGCAGCAAAAAGAGAACGUGAUUAACCUGUUUCAGUAUUUCCUUGGCUCGGUUCGUUCAUUGCUGGGCACUGAUUGCUCCAUCGAAGACUUUGAAGCAGCAGGAGAGUUGCCAAAAGAAAUGAAGGGAUUUUUAAAAAAAAAUCUAAAUAACUUUGAAAAAUGGAUUCAACGAGAAAUUCAUGAAAACUUCAAAGUUUUCCAGGAAAAAGACGUAAAGAACAAAGACCCAAAGAAUUUAACAAUUCCAGCUGAAAAAGUGGAGGAAUACUUCAAGUUAUUGUUGGAGGGCGAGUCCAAAUGUAUUGGUCAUCAGCUGAAUGAAGCCAGCACCAUACCAAGUUGGAACUCUUCCUUCGAACGAUACGCAAAAUUAAAUCGAGAGCUGGCGAUUCAACGAGUAGCAAAUGCCUAUGGUGUCUGUGCAUUGACUUUAGAAACAUCGCUAAGGCAAGCGAUACAAAAAGAACUUUGCAGAGAGGAUAUUGAAAAAGAAAUUGAACGCGAAAUGGAAGAGAAAUUUAAAAAAGACAAUCUAAUUCCUUGCACGAGGGAGUCGUUUUGGGCGAAAUUAGUUGAAAGUGGAGCGUUGUAUAACAACCAAAAUUUCGUCGCCGUGGAUGAGGGCAACGUUGACACAUUCAACUUAAACCGCGAGGAAGCCAAAACAUUUCACUUUGAAGACAAAGAUUACGUCCUCUACAAUCCCAUUGAUGUUAACAGCAAGAACGGAGGAGAAAAGAAAAUCUUUUUCACUCAAAAGUACGUUGAAGACACUCUUUAUGGUAAUCGUAUGAACAACACAAGUCGAGAUCAAAUACAGUUCAACAAGAUCGCCAAAGUUGAUGUAAAUAAACUCAAAUCAGUUGAUUUAAGGCUAUUUGGUCAGUUGAAAGACGAUCAUUUACGUGAGGCUGACAUCAUUCAGGCUGAACGUCAAGGAAUUCUGGACGAGUUGAAAAUGCAAGACAUCAUUGACGACGACGGUAAUCUCUCAUCCAACUACAAUGGCCAAAAAUUUCAAUACCCAAACUGUCGUGCUUAUGAAAAAACUGUCAUGUGUUUAUUGGCGACGAAAUUACGCGCUGAAAUAGUUAGACGACGGUGGCUGAAUAGCAAAGACAAUUCAGAUCGCCUCGAAGCCAUCAAUUUGCUUCCUUUGACAACUUAUCGAGAUAUGCUGGAUGACUUGAUUGACGCCUACGUCAUCAGUGGCGGGUUCCGGGUGAAGACCAUUGACGAAAAUGUCCUAAAAAGUAAAGUGAAUGGAAUCACCGAAAAAGAUGAGGAGCGCGAGUGUAUUUUGGAUUUCUUGAAAAGUCGGCAAGCAAUUUACGACGCAACUUGGUUGGCAAGUCAAGAGGCAGCGCUCGAUUUUAUCGACGGCGACAUCCGCAAGGUAAAAGCCAACACCUUCGAAAGCGAAUUGUGCCUUUUUCGUUCGAUUGGAUUCGAUCAUGUCAUUUACAUGAAGGAUCGCCAAAUGUCCAGGAAACAGAUGGUCUUGUCAUCGCUGUUUACACCGCUCAUUGUCAUCGGUGGAGUUGCCUCGAUUAGUGCUGGAGCUGUCUUGACUAUCUUUAGUAAAAUCUUGCCGUUGCGUGUCACGAAAGAUUUGCUUCUCAUGGGUGGUCUCUCUGACAUCAUCUUCGUCAUUACUUCUGCUUUAUCAAAUGACCCAAUCAGAUGUCCUGAUUAUGCGCGCCAGAGGAUCAGGGGCGCAUUAGGAAAAUCGAAUCUAGUAGACCAAGUCAAAACUCUGUGGAAGUUAUCGACACCUGGAAAACUUGCUGGUAAUAACUUUAGACCUGCUGUUCGAUUGCAAAUGGACACUUUUCAGCAACGGCGAGUAAGAGAGAAGAAUCACGAAGCGGAUCAACGAGAGAUUGUCAACGCGUUACUUCGGCUCGAGAAAAAAUCGACACAUCCAAGUGAAGAAGAUGGUAAUUCAGUUCAAUAGAUGGCGACCUCGCCCAGGAAACGUAGAACUUGCCUUCGCUUUAAAACCAUAUUAGCAGGAAGAGUGAUGGAAGUUGGAAUGAACUGACCUAGGACUUCUACAUUACAAAUUUCUAUUGCAGGUUAAAUGCAAUAUCAUUUUAAUUUAGAAUGGGCCGAAAACUAAGGUAACAGGUAUAGAAAUAGCAUUUUAAAAAAAGGUAUUUGAUGUUAUCAAAUCCAAUAGAGCUUGUGUUAAUCAUUUUAGAAAUGGCGAAAUAGAUGAAUUAAACUAAUCAAAUUACGAGGGAAAUGUUUCAGUUUUUACAGGGCUUCUAAUACGUGGCCUGUUGCGCCAGAAGUAAACAAGUGCUGGGCCAUUAGAUUUCGGAAAUUUAUUUCAGUUACAACUCUUUGCUAAUUGUAGUCAGAAUUGGUACAAUAUUGAAAUAUAGAAUUGCAUUGUAAAGCCAAAGCAAGAAACGCGGCUGCCUUAUGACAUUGGACGCUGCAAGAGAUUGGCAAUCGAAAGAGUUGGGUAAUGUCGAUAUCUUGCGUGAGACAUUUGGGCAUUGGGAACGAUUGCGUGGAAUAAUUUAAUUCCGUGCCUGAUGGUAUAAAAGCAAACACAUUCGACCAGCAAGACACACAUUCAUCGUUGACUUUUGCAGCAGACACAAGUCGCUCCCCAGUUAUCAACAUGCAG